GUCGAAAAUGGUCAAUCCGUACGAAUAUCAACCGGAGGUGAAGUGGUACCACGUUCUGUGGGACAUGCGAAAUAAAGAGUUUCGCCAGUGGUACCUGAAAAAGAAGUACCGUGAAACGCGGCUCUAUUUCAAGUACGAGCGGCACAUCUUCGUACAAAAAACUGGAGCGGGCUUUGUACUGGCGGUCCUGUUCAUGUCGAUUUUUAGCUCUGACUUUGCUGUUGCGCUUUUCCGUUGGCCAACAGAGGACCCGAAUGAACUGUUGAAGUCGCGCGUCUGGCAGAAGUACCACAAUGAUGUCAACGAGCGCAAGGAGCAAGCCGAUAAGAUGCUGCAGGAUUCCAGCUAUAUUCACAAGAAGAAUAAUCCCGUGGAAUAG